UGGACCCUCGGAAUACUGCUAUGUUAGGCUUGGGUUCUGAUUCUGAAGGGUUUUCUGGGAAGAGCCCCUCUGUAGCAAACGUUGGCCCGUUGGUGGGAAAAGGAGAAGCAGAGCUGGAAAGUUGCGCCCAGGAAGACGACGACGGUAAGAAGAAGAAUCGGGAGGGCAACGGUGCGGAGAACGGGAAGAAUGAGGCCCUAAGUGAUGCGCAGCAGCAGUUCUCCGUGAAGGAAACAAACUUUUCAGAGGGAAACCUGAAACUCAAGAUUGGGCUUCAAGCCAAGAGAACGAAGAAGCCCCCGAAGAACCUUGAGAACUAUGUGUGCCGGCCUGCCAUAAAAACCAGCAUCAAGCAACCCCGCAGGGCACCCAAGAGCGGGAAGAUGACGGACGAGAAGAGUGACCAUGGUCCUUCCAAGCAAGACCCUUCAAAGUUUUACAAGAAAGCCGGAGACGUCGCAGCAGUUGAAUUCCGUGUGGAGGAAGGCGUGCAAAUAGAAACCAGCCCUUUACCCAAGAAACUUUCUCCGCUUCAGUCUGAAAUGACAGAUUAUAUAAAGUCACCGCCUCCGACUCUAAUCGGGAGCCAUAAUUCUGAUUUAAAGGAUAGAACACAAAUUAACGGAGCGACAACUGUCACGGAAAAAUUGGCUCAACUCAUUGCAACUUGCCCUCCUUCCAAGUCUUCCAAAACAAAGCAGAAGAAGCCGGGGAGUGGAGCUGCAGCUGGUUUGGUUAAAGACUCCGGGAAGAAGCUCCCCGGAAGCGUAACCGCAAGCGGGUUAGUUAAUAAAGAGCUGGUCAAGAAGCUGCCCGGGUCAGUGAUUGCCGUUGGGUUGGUGAACAAGGACUCGGGGAAGAAGCCGCUGGGGCUGGGGAGCGCAGCCGUCCUGGUGAACAAGGACUCGGGGAAGAAGCCACCCGGGAUGGGCCCGUUGGUCGGGCUGGUCAACAAGGACUCCGGGAGGAGGCCGCCCACGCUCAGCGCUCCGCCGGGGUUAGUUAGCAAGGACUCCGGGAAGAAGCAGCCGGUGGCCAGCUCUGCAGUUGGGUUGAUCAGCAAAGACGCGGGGAGGAAACUGCCCGGGAUCACGGGAAUGGGCCCUCCGGCCGGCUUGCUGGGCAAGGACGCGCUGGGCACGGAGCCGCUGGCGCCCGCACCGGAGCCGCUGCGGCUCCCCUGCAGCUCGCACCACGACAGCCACGAGGCUGCCGACGUCCUGAAGGAACAUCCCAGCAGCAAGGCCUUCGAGAAGCACGCCGGAAGGCAGAACAAAGACAGCAGCGCCGAAAAGUUCUCCCUUCGGAAAGAGAUUGCCGACGUGGGCAAAGAGAUGUUCAAGGAGGGGACGUGCGUUCCGCAGGAGGGCUACUCGGGCAGCGAGAAGGGCGGCUACGAAACGUCCAAGCACGAGAAGCAGCCGCCCGUGUACUGCACGUCCCCGGACUUCAGGACGGGAGGCGCCUCCGAGGUGUCCACGGCCAAGUCCCCGUUCAGCGCGGUCGGAGAGGGAAACCUGCCCUCGCCGUCGCCCACGGUGUCUGUUACCGCUUCCAACAGGAGCCUCUCGACAGCAGCUUCGCAGUUAGCGUCAAACUCCCUGCAUUUAAGCUCCACAGCAGACCUCUUGGAAGGUAUUUCGGAUCAGAUUGGCAAAACUCCGUUUUCUUCUGACAGUACCCUUCUGAACAUCAACAGAACGUUGAACCACACUCUGAGCACUGACUUUAAAGGUGCUGAUAAAGAUUUAAGUGAUUCAAAAGCUACUCAUGUAGAAACCUCAAGAACUAGUCCCUCUAUAGGAAAAAAAAACAUUUUGGCAGCUGAAACGAGCAUUCAUGCGACUGUCACCCCCUCAGUAGUUAGUUUUACAAGCUUGUUUAGUAGCAAGCAGUUCCUAAAGAUUGGUGCAAUAAGUGCAUCAGAUAAAUCCUGCCAAGGAAGUAAAACUCUGAGCGCCAGUCAGCAGUCAAAACCUUUAAAGAAAAGGAAAGGAAGGAAGCCGCGAUGGACUAAAGUGGUGUCGAGAAGCGCCUGCCGGCCUCCCAAGGGUCUCGAGCUGGAAAGGUCAGAGCUUUUUAAAAACAUUUCGUACAGCGCGCUAGCAGGCAGCAGUUUGGAGCAGGCCAAAUUCCUGAAAACCAUGGGCCCGUCCCCGUUCGCGGAGCACGAGUUCGUGAAGCAGCAGCUGCCCAAGCUGAGCGAGGCGGGCGGGCCGUCGCUCGCGCUGCUGGCCGAGGCCGACGCGCAGCCGCCCAAGUUCUACGGCGCCCACAAGCAGCCCUCGGGCCUGUGCCUGGCGGACGACUUCCUGCCCGACCUCUACAAACCCAAGAGAGGGAGGCCCAAGGCCAAGGAGAUGCCGGAGCUCGAAGGUCCCCCCAAAAGGACUCUCAAAAUCCCGGCGUCCAAGGUCUUCUCGGUGCAGUCCAAGGAAGAGCAGGAACCGCCGGUUUUGCAGCCUGAGGUAGAAAUUCCCUCCCUGAAACAGAGCCUGUCAGGCCAGAGUUUCCCUAAAAAGCGAGGGAGACCUAAAAGACAGAUCAGGUCAUCGAUUAAAAUGAAGCCACCUAUUCUUUCUGUGGCGCCUUUUGUUGCGACAGAUAAUUCAAACAAGAUAGAGGCUGAAAGCGACCCGCAUCAAAGCGGGGAUUUUUUUGAGCGAAAGGACCAGCUACGAGGGCCCGAAGAAGUCCAAAAACCCAAUAUUUGUAGCAUGAGUGAUCUGGAAGUGGACUCAGACAGGAAAGUUGCCAAGAGAAAUAACGGGCAGCUAAUGAAAACAAUCAUCCGCAAAAUAAAUAAAAUGAAAACGUUGAAGCGCAAGAAGCUCCUGAACCAGAUUCUCUCCAGCACGGUGGAACCAAACAACAAAGGGAAGGUGCAAUCCAAGCUCCACAACACGGUGUCGACGCUCGCGGCCACGUUCGGUUCCAAACUGGGCCAGCAGAUCAACGUGAGCAAGAAAGGAACCAUCUACAUAGGAAAAAGGCGCGGGAGGAAGCCCAAGGCUGUCCUCAACGGCCUGCUCGCCAGCAGCUCGGCCGGGCUGGCCGUCCUGGAGAAAUCCGCUCCGCAGGGGCCGUCGCUGGGGCAGGUUCUCCCGCACCUGCUGCCGGCGCCGGCGGCCGCUCCGGAGCUGUCGCCGCCGACGCUGCUGCCCAACUCCCCGGCGCACCUGAGCGAGCUCAAGGAGGCCACCCCGUCGCCCGCCAGCGAGUCGCACAGCGACGAGGCCGUGCCCAGCGACAGCGGCAUCGGCACCGACAACAACAGCACCUCCGACCGCGCCGAGAAGUUCUGCGGGCCCAAGAAGAAGAGGCACUCGUUCGACCACGUCGCCCUCCUCCCGCCCGAGACCUCCACCGUUUUAGGCAACCUGAAGGAGAAGCACAAGCACAAGUGUAAGCGCCGGAGCCACGAUUACCUUAGCUACGACAAAAUGAAAAGGCAGAAGCGGAAAAGGAAAAAGAAGUAUCCGCAGCUUCGAGGUAGGCAGGACCCGGAUUUCCUUGCGGAGUUAGAAGAGUUAAUAAGUCGACUAAGCGAGAUUAGAAUAACCCACCGAAGUCACCACUUCAUCCCCCGGGAUUUACUGCCUACCAUCUUCCGCAUAAAUUUCAACAGUUUCUACACUCAUCCCACCUUUCCUUUAGAUCCUUUGCACUACAUUAGAAAACCCGACCUGAAGAAGAAGAGAGGCCGGCCUCCCAAGAUGCGGGAGGCCAUGGCCGAGAUGCCCUUCAUGCACAGCCUCAGCUUCCCGCUCUCCGGCACCGGGUUCUACCCCUCCUACGGCAUGCCUUACUCCCCGUCGCCGCUCGCCGCGGCUCCCAUCGGCCUGGGUUAUUACGGCAGGGACCCGCCCACCCUCUACCCUCCUCCGCCGUCUCCUUCUUUCACCACCCCGCUGCCUCCCCCUUCCUACAUGCACACGGGCCACUUGCUGCUCAAUCCCGCCAAAUACCACAAGAAGAAGCAUAAGCUGCUGCGGCAGGAGGCCUUCCUGACCACGAGCAGGACGCCGCUGCUGUCCAUGAGCACCUACCCCAGCGUCCCGCCCGAGAUGCCCGCGGCCGGCCCCCCCCGCAGCCACAGCCGGGACAGGGGCCUGGGGAAGCAGGAGGGCGGCCUGGCCGCGGCCGUGCCCGGCGGCGACCCCAUCUCCCUGCUCUCCGACCGCCUGCCCAGCAGCUACUCCCCGCACCACCUCAAGAGGAGCGUGGUGGAAGCCAUGCAGCGGCAAGCCAGGAAAAUGUGCAAUUACAACAAGAUCUUGGCCACGAAAAAGAACCUGGACCACGUCAACAAGAUCCUGAAAGCCAAGAAGCUGCAAAGGCAGGCGCGGACAGGGAACAACUUUGUGAAGCGCAGGCCGGGGAGGCCCCGGAAAUACCCCAUGCAGGCAGUGGUUUCCAUGCAGGCGUUCCAGGCAGCGCGGCUCGUCAGCCAGGAGCUGGAGAAGAGAGAGGAGAGCAGCAGCCCCUUGCACCUGGGGCCCGACACCAUCACGGACGUCAUUGAGGCCGUCGUGCAAAGCGUGAACUUGAACGCGGAUCACCGGAAAGGCUGGAAGAGGAAGAGGUGGCUGGCAGAGGAGCAGGCCAGGAAACGACCAAAGUCUCUAGCAGAAGAUGAGCGGGAGAGCAGUAAGAGUUUUUCCGAGACAGCAGCUGAACCCUCCAGUCCACACGAUGCCCCUGGGAAACCACAUGAAUCUGAAAACAGUGAACAGCCUUUGCCUUCUAUUACCCAGCGUGAGAAAAAAGCCCCUCGGCCCCCAAAGAAGAAGUACCAGAAGGCAGGGCUCUACUCUGAUGUGUACAAAACAACAGAUCCGAAGAGCCGCCUCAUCCAGCUGAAGAAGGAAAAGCUGGAAUACACUCCGGGAGAGCACGAGCACGGCCUCUUUCCGGCCCCUAUUCAUGUUGGAAAGUAUCUGAGACAAAAGAGAAUCGACUUCCAGCUGCCUUACGACAUCCUCUGGCAAUGGAAACACAAUCAGUUGUACAAGAAGCCAGACGUCCCACUUUAUAAAAAAAUCCGUUCCAAUGUCUAUGUGGAUGUCAAGCCUCUCUCUGGCUAUGAGGCCACUACCUGCAAUUGCAAGAAACCAGAUGAUGGCAACGGCAAGGGCUGCGUGGAGGACUGUCUUAACAGGAUGAUCUUUGCGGAGUGCUCGCCCAACACCUGCCCGUGCGGUGAACAGUGCUGUAACCAGCGGAUCCAGAGGCAUGAAUGGGUGCAGUGCCUGGAGAGGUUCCGGGCCGAGGAGAAAGGAUGGGGUAUUCGUACCAAAGAACCCCUGAAAGCAGGACAGUUUAUCAUUGAAUAUCUGGGAGAAGUUGUUAGUGAGCAGGAAUUCAGGAACCGGAUGAUUGAACAGUACCACAAUCACAGUGAUCAUUACUGCCUGAAUUUAGACAGUGGAAUGGUGAUAGAUAGCUAUCGUAUGGGCAAUGAGGCUCGUUUUAUCAACCACAGCUGUAAUCCUAACUGUGAGAUGCAGAAAUGGUCUGUCAACGGUGUCUACCGGAUUGGGUUGUAUGCACUGAAGGACAUGCCCGCUGGUACGGAGUUGACAUAUGACUACAAUUUUCACUCGUUUAAUGUUGAAAAACAGCAACUCUGCAAAUGUGGUUUUGACAAAUGCAGAGGAAUAAUUGGGGGCAAGAGUCAACGAAUGAACGGACUUUCAAGCAAAAGCAACCAGCCAGUGAGCACCCACAGGAGAACCGGGCGGUCCAAAGAGAAGAGGAAGUCAAAGCACAAACUGAAGAAGAGAAAGGGUCACAUGCCGGAGGAACCCAGUGAAAGUGUGAACACGCCAACGCGGCUCAUGCCACAGCUUCAGAUGAAGCCCAUGUCUAACAGAGAAUGGAAUUUUGUGCUAAAACACCAUGUAUUUCUGGUACGAAACUGGGAGAAGAUUCGGCAGAAGCAAGAGGAAGUGAAGCACGUCAGUGACAACAUCCACACUGCGUCGCUGUACACCCGCUGGAACGGAAUGUGUCGGGACGAUGGGAACAUCAAAUCUGACGUCUUCAUGACCCAGUUCUCGGCUCUGCAGACCGCGCGCUCCGUGCGGACACGGCGCCUGGCAGCGGCCGAGGAGAACAUCGAGGUGGCUCGUGCUGCCCGCCUGGCGCAGAUCUUCAAGGAGAUAUGUGAUAGCAUUAUAUCGUAUAAAGAUUCCUCCAGACAGGCUCUGGCUGCUCCCCUUCUGAACCUACCCCCAAAGAAAAAAAAUGCAGACUAUUAUGAAAAGAUCUCUGACCCGCUGGAUCUCGCCACGAUUGAGAAACAGAUCUUGACUGGCUACUAUAAGACAGUGGAAGCUUUUGAUGGGGACAUGCUGAAGGUCUUCCGGAAUGCAGAGAAGUAUUAUGGCAGAAAGUCUCCAACUGGGCGCGACGUGUGCCGGCUGCGAAAAGCCUAUUACAACGCUCGCCACGAGGCCGCUGCGCAGAUCGACGAAAUCGUGGGA